UCUGGCAGUCAGGAGUCCUGGAUUCAUUAAGUGGGUAGAAAUUCCUAGAAGAUCCAAGAGCCACCAACCUUGGGGUCACCCGUGCUGGGUCUGCCUCUCUCCCCACAACACUGGGGCUGGGAGGGGUGGUUCCUGUGUGUCUCAUUCCUUCUGUGGCUCUAAUUUCUCUCCACUCUCCAUAGAGGUGAUCAUCCCCUGGGCUGAUCUCACCGCCCCUUGGACGUGCCCCCCCAUAUAGAGGGUGCUGCAGAGGGUCCAUUACUGAUGCCAGGUGCUCCCCAGGGAGAUACGGCUGAGCCCUGGCUCAGAGACGGGCCAUGGCUGCCCAGGUGGCUCCCCCAGCCCCUCUCAGGCUCCAGUUCCAGCCCCCACCAGGAUGUGGCCUGGUUCCCAAAGAGGAAGUGGAGGAGCCGGAUGCCCACGGACCCAUCAACAUGGAGAUGCAUCGUCUGCGCUUCAGGGGUUUCCGCUACCAGGAGGCUGAGGGGCCCCGGGAGGCGUACGGCCACCUCUGCCUCCUCUCCCAGGCGUGGCUGAGGCCAGAGCAGUACUCCAAGGAGCAAAUGCUGGAGCUGCUGGUGCUGGAGCAGUUCCUGAGUAUCCUGCCCCAGGAGAUCCAGAGCUGGGUGGGGGGGUGUCGCCCCCAGACUGGGGAGCAGGCUGUGGCUCUGGCAGAGGGUUUCCAGUUAACCAAGCAAGAGCCCGGAAUAUGGCCGGAGCAGGAGGAGCCGGUGACAUGGGAGAAGGAGGCUGUGUGUUCCUCUGGGGCAGGGCUGGCCCCAGAACAUGGCAAGAUCUGCAGGGAGAUUAAGGAGGAGGAGGAGGAAGAGACUCUGAUCUCACCAGCAGAUUCCAGGGCAGAGGAGGGGAAUCCCCAGCAGGAGGCAUCUGUGGGAGCAAAGACACGUGGGACGUCCCCGAGCCCCAAGCAGGGAGACCCCCUGGGUAAUGGACUGAACUCAUUCACUAAGCAUGAAAUGAGUUUCUCUGGCCUCGAGACCCCAAUGGAGGGGAGAGUCAAUCGGUCUGACUGUGGAGGUGAGAACCAAGGUGGGGCGUGUAGGCCACGGGGGGCCCCCCUGGCUAAGACCCCCAAGGCCAGGAGCCCCAACGCCUGUGCUGUGUGCGGCAAGUCCUUCAGCAACAGCUCCAACCUGAAGAAGCACCAGACCACCCACACCGGGGAGAAGCCCCACGGGUGCCCCCAGUGCGGCAAGCGCUUCAGCCACAGCUCCAACUUGCGCAAGCACGAGCGCACCCACACCGGCGAGCGCCCCUUCCGCUGCCCCGAGUGCGGCAAGAGCUUCCGUGAGAGCUCCAAGCUGCUCCGCCACCAGAACACACACGGCCGCGAGUGCCCCUUCCGCUGCGUCGAGUGUGGCAAGGCCUUCGGCGACGUGGCCCGGUGUUUGCGGCACCAGGCCCGGCACACGGCGCGGGCCUACGCCUGCGGGGAGUGCGGCAAGAGCUUCCGCCAGAGCUCCACCCUGCUGCUACACCAGCGUGUCCACACCGGAGAGAAGCCCUUCACCUGUCCCGACUGCGGCAAGAGCUUCAGCGUCAACGCCAACCUGGUGCAGCACCGGCGCACCCACACCGGCGAGCGUCCCUUCCCCUGCGCCCAGUGCGGGAAGCGCUUCACCCAGAAAGCCACCCUGGUCAAGCAUCAGCGCACCCACCGGCGCGGCGAGGGGGCUGGCGACGCCGCAGGGCCCAGGCUGGUGCAGCACCUGCGGUUCCUCCCGGAGCAGGGCCCUUCACCUGGCCAGAUGUGGGAGAUGCUGCGGCUGCAGCUGGGCGCCCGCUCGCCUACCCCAGGGCCGCAGUGGAGGACUGGGGACGUGCCUAUGGGCUGAGAAAGGAGGGGGACGUUGGCAUGGGGCGGGAACAGAGGCUCCUGUGGAAAGACCCUCUCCCCCGCCAGGAGAGAUCCUUACAGGACUUCUGGGGGGGGCUACCGUCCCUGAGAGAAAUGUCAAGACCUCAGGGGGAGGCCAUGUGUAGGAGAGCGAUGUUGAUCUUUGCCAGGGAGAUGCUCGCCUGAGAGAGAAACUGGGGAGAGACCGUAGGCUCCGUUUCUCUCUUACUGGUAUUAUUUGUAUUAUGGUGGCACUUAGAGACUCAAGGCUGGAGCACGGGUUGCCUCAGGGGCAGGGCAUGGGGCUUUUCCCUUCUAGGGGGUGCCAGCUCUGAGCCAGCCAAAGGAUGGAGGGACUGGCUGGCUCAGAGGCUGGAGAAUGGGACAUGGGGCCUGGCCACUUAAAAAGUCCUUGGUCGUCUUCACAAACAUUAGACAGACCUUCCAUGCCUGCCUAACCGCCCCCCCCAGGGACCGGUUCCUUAAUCACCUUUAUGGCCAGACAGAUAGAUGCUUCCAGGCAGGAGGGAGAGCCCAUCUCCUUCUCCCCAGCGGUGUCUCCAGCACCCGGCUCCUCUCUCCACGAUACAUGGAGCUCAGAGGCAGCCGGGGAUGGCCUAUCCUGGCUCCCAAGCAGCCGGCGAAGCUCCUAGGCUUCGGGCCAGCCCCUCCCUAGGCUCUCAGCUCCAGUCUUGGCUCUCUGCUUUCUCACUGGGUGAUCAGGGUCUAUUGUCCCUAUGCAAUAAACUGUCCUAA